AUGUCGAAUUCAGCACGUCUAAGCGAAGCCGCAGAUUGCGAGCGGAAAGCUGCGGAGUGCUUGAAGACAUCGAUGUUAAAGUUGAAACUGAAACCAGAUUACGAUGGAGCUGCAACCGCUUUGGAGCGUGCUUCAGUGUGCUAUCGAAAUGCUGGAGAUGCGAAUAAGGCAGCUAAGGCGUUAAUAAGUGCUGCUGGUCAUUACGAACAACUAGGAAAUCUUUUUCACGCAGCCAAAGCUCGUGAAGGUGCAGCAAUGUUGUUAAGAGAUGCCGGUGAUAGUGCAGGGGCCUACCCAUUGUUCGAGAAGGCGAUUGAUCAAUAUGCAGAAUCAGGAAGCCUCGAUACAGCUGCAAUGUCGGUUGAGAAGGCCGCAAAGGUCGUGGUACUUCAGGAGCCAGAAAAAGCUAUAAAGUUAUAUGAAAAAGGACUCGCGUUGGUACAGCAAUCUGAUCGUUCUAAGUUAGCAGGAGAAUUCCUAAGCCAGAUCACACGUCUUAAUCUUCGACUAGAACGUUAUAGUGAAGCAGCAAAGGCUAUUCGAGAUGAAAUAGAAAAGUACGUCGAAGUUAGAGAGUCAGGACGUGUGGGUCAGCUCGCAAUUGCUUUGGUUCUCGUGCAAUUAGCUCUGGGUGAUUCGGUGGCAGCUGCAAAAUAUUAUCAGUGGACAGUAGAACAGUGCGCUGAAUUCGAGUUCAUAGAUGACGCAAGGGCGUGUCGACAGUUGAUUGGUGGAUGGGAGAGUGGAGACGAUGAGCAGUUCCAAAAUAUUCUGAAGGAUGGCGUACUACGG